CUUACAUAUUAAACCUAUGUUGCGCAUGGGUGGCAGCUAGAUAGGAAUCCUAGCGUAGAAGUACGAUCCCUGCGCCAAGCCCUUAUUAUAAUUAGGAAUGGCUGCAACGGCAGGCGCGCUUAUCGCAGCUCCAAAGGGCUCUGCUAUUGACUAUGAGGGCUUCGUCGUCAGCCAUGUCAAUGGCUACACAGAAUACCAUUGGAUCCGUAUCCUUGACGUGGACCCGCUAAAUGGCAGCCCGGCCCACUCCCGCCUGGAGGUGGCUGCCUCCCUGGAGCAGCUGCUGGGCGGGGCGGCCGCCAUCGGGCCCUUGUGCGCGCGCCUGCGGGGCUCACCCUCCGUGCAGCACUUCCUGGAGGACCUGCAAGAGGUAAUAGAGCGGCUGGCGUACGGCAGCUCCGCGGGUCCAGGGCCGGGUAGCGUGGCUGGCAGCUGCAGCGGCGGCCGCCACGGCGCCCCCCUCUCCUCCCCCUCCUGCUCCUCGCAUGCGGUCAUGCGGUCGCUGCUGGCGGACUUGGACCGGCUGGGCUGGGGCUGCCUGGAGGAGCUAGACCAGGACGCCGCCCGCCUGACGCUGCUGCACCGCGACAUGCGGGGCCGGGAGCACCGCCUGCGCCUCACACUGCCGCCCGACUACCCCGCCUCGCCGCCCGCAGCAGCCACCGACCUGCCCACACCCCUG